UCCGUAUAGGAGGAAAUGCCGGGGAUUCAGCCAGUCCUUCUUGAACUCUCCAGAUCCCAGCCUUCAUUGCUAUCCUGCCAACCCCAAAUCCCCAGUUCCGCCGAGGUUCCCACGCCCAAUCUGGUGCGUAGCAGCGUCCGCCGGCGAUGGGCGGCAAGAGGAAGAGCACCGCGGACGUGAAGACGCCGCCGACAGUGGGCCGGCGGCCGGGCCGCCCGAGGAAGAACACGCCGCCGGAGGCGAUCCGGCGCCCGGGCCGCCCGAGGAAGAGCGAGCCGGGCGUCGAGGUGCCGCUGGCACGCAGCCCGGUCCCGGCCCAGACGCUGCCGUCGCCCAGAUCCGAGCGCGAGGAGCAGGCGAACGGCGGGCUGCUGGAGCUCGCGCGCGGCGCGGCGGCCAUAGCCGCGGCGGAGGAGGAGGAGGAGCAGGUCAGGAUGCGCUGCGACCUCUGCCAUGGCCCCCUCAGGCCCCCCAUCUACCAGUGCACCAGCGUGCAGCACGUCGCGUGCCGCGACUGCGGCGCCGGCGAGUGCCGCCCGUGCGGCGGGGACCCGGCCGCCGUCUUCGUCCACAACGCCCAGCUGGACGCCCUCUUCGGCUACAUCAGGGUGCCGUGCCCGUUCCGCAAGUUCGGGUGCGCCAGCUCCGUCGCCUACCGCGACCUGGCGGCGCACGAGACUGCGUGCGCGUGGGCUCCCUGCGCUUGCGCGGAGUGCGGGUACAAGGGGCCCCCGUCGGGCCUCCUGCGUCAUCUCACGGAGUUGUCCGGCCGGCACGCCUGGACCGCCCAUAGGAUCACCUACGGGAUGGACCACCGGUUCGCCGUCCCUGUGCCGGAGUCGUCGGAGCAGCAGUGCGAGGACCGCGGCCUCCUGAUCGCGGAGGACGGCGCCGUGUUCCUCGUGGCCGUGGGGGGCGCCGGCGGCGUCCGCCGCGUCACUGUGGUGUGCGUUAGGGGUAACGUUGGCACCGGGCCUGUGUACAGCUCCUCCGUCGAGGUGGCUGGCCCAGACGAGGCGCGCCGGCUGAAGCUUGAGAAGAAGGUGGCGGCGAGCUGCUCGGCCCCCGUCGAGUUCGAUGUGUUGGCGCAGCCGGAGUGCGACACGGUCCCCGUGUAUCCGGAGAUGCUGCACGGGGAGGAGCUCCAUCUGUGCAUCCGUAUCGGCAAGACGAAGAUCAUCUGUUCCUGAACCCAAGAGAAGCAUCAGCAAUGUAGCCCUGGAGACAUAUGUCUUCUCUAGUCUCGUUGAAGUAUUGGAUUGCCUUAGCAAUGUAGUCCUGAAGACAUAUGUGUCUCCUCUAGUCUCGUUGAAGUAUUGGAUUACCUUUGUUUACCUGGCUUAGGUAUGGUGGUAAGUUGCUUCCAGUCUCUCAAAUAUUCAGGGUUCAGUUGAGAACUGGGGUUUGGUGUUCAAGGUGACUUGGUUCGGUUGAAUCUAUCCGUGAAAUUUGGUGUUU